AUGAAUAUGCACGCUCAGCCGACCGCACCGCCUGUCAACGGCGCGCCUCCAGCGCCAGUACACCCGCAACCCUCGACCUCGUCGUUGUCCGCGGGCGCUGGUAUCGCUCAGGAGUACGCUGCGCACUACGCAGACCUUGCGAACCACCUUCUUGCGGGCUACACUUCCUGCGACUUCAGCGAUGUGCAGCUUGUGGCGAGCUUGGCGGAUGGGCAGCAGCACACGCUCGCGCUGCAUAGCGUCGUCGUCUCGAGGUCUCCCUUGCUCCGACACCUUAUCCAAGCCGCUCUGGCGUCUUCACCUCGACCCACCAUCUUCGUGAACAUCCCCGACCCUGCCGUCAACGCCAAUACGCUCGGAUUGGUUCUCGCCUCCCUCUACUCGCCCACCGUUCUCUCCCAUCUCAACCCCGAGAUCGCUCCUUCCGUCCUUGCCGUUGCGACCUUCCUCUCCCUUACCCGCCUGGCCAACUUGGCGUACGAGAUGUGCGAGGCGGCCGUGCGGGAAGCCAAGACGCCGGAGGAGGUCAUGCGCUGGGUCGCGUACGUGGAGCGUGAGCGCGCAACGGAGGGCGCACCGGGUCCUGCAACGCCCAUCACGUUCGGCGGACCCGCGAUGAACGGCACCUCGAUCCCUCCCUCGCCCUCGCCCAGCACCAACAGCACUUCGCCACUCCUCCCUUCCUCCGUCAACGGCAGCGCUGCGCCCGUCCCCGCAUUGUACGAAUCCCGCCUCCGCGUCGUGCUUCUCGACCGCAUCACCCGCUUGCCAGCCGAGAUGGGCGCCUUCGCACCAGCGACCGAGGCACAGGCGCAACCGGCGCUCGUCAACGUGCUCAAGAGGUUGCCGUUUGAGAUGUUCAAAGCGGUUGUCGAGGACAAGAGGUUCGAGGCACCCGGUGACAUGGAGCGAUUCAACUUUGCCAAAAAGGUCGUCGCCGCUCGCAAGGCCCUCGUCCAGCAAUCUGCCUCUCCCUCGUCUCCUCCACCCGAGUUCGAGGAAGCUGUCGUCCUCCUCUUCGGCGGCGGUGCAGGCGGAAGUGCGGUCAACGUCUUGCGGAAACAGCGCAAGCCUACGCUGUGGAAGAUCUCGAAUGCGAUGUGA